GGAUCAACCCUCAGCAAUGAGAUCGCCCUUCAUAAAGACAAAUCCUGCUCUACCGGCCGCCCUGCCCCCCCAAAUUCUUCUUCCUUCCCAGCCCCCUUUACGCAGUGCUACAUGCUCCGGUAGUGCGUGUCUGUCCUACCUCCCCAAUUCACAACCAUGCGGCAGCGCAGCUCCCCUAGAGGCUUCGGGGCCAUCCGACGCGAUCCUCAAAUAGCGCAAGCGUCCGCGGCUCCGUACGCUUCUUAUGGCGCGUCCUCCGGCUAUAGCAGUGGCCAGUGGAACGGUGGUUAUUCGGCUGGUUCUUACGGUCAGCAAGCAUCGGGAUCAGGUAUGUCGGCGGGAGCAGGUGCCGCCGGGACAGCUGGCACAGCUGGCACCGGACAGAGUGCCUGGAGCGCUGGCACGGCCAGUGGUGCGUAUGGCGCGCAAGGCAGUGCAGCUCAAGCGGGCACCGCUGCAGCCGGAAGUGCGGCCCCAGUAGCAGCCGAUGGAACGGCCGCGCAGCCCAGCGCCGAAGCCGCACCAGCAGCACCAGCGGCAGCAGCAAACUCAGGGUCGACAUGGUCUGAAGCAGCAGCUGGGACACCGCAACAGAGUCAAGCAGUGUGGAAUCAAUGGGCCGCGCCGUCACCGCAGCCGUGGGCAGCCACCGACACCUGGGAGACAUCAGCCCUUCCCACCCCGACCACCUGGGCGACCAUGGCAUCAUCAUCAUCAUCAUCAUCAUCAUCAUCAUCAUCCACCAGCAGUAUAUCCUCGAGUACGACCACCGCUGCCAGUACCACCACCGCUGCCUCGUCUGCGGCAACAGACGCCCCAGAGGGUACGCCGACCUCCACCAAGCUCGGCAUUGGUCUCGGGGUGUCCCUGGCAGUCCUGGCCAUUUUGGGCCUGUUCCUCUGGUCCCUGCACAGUAAGAAGCGUGCGGUGCAGAGAGCCAUUGCGGAACACAACCGAAAAUCCGAAAAGCACCGGCCGGAACCAACCUCACGGCGACCCUCAGUGAAGAGAUACGCGUCGAGUCUCUACAACGGCAGUGUCUCCGCCAUGGGUGCCGUCCCCAGUGCGGCCCGGUCCGUCACAUCUCGUCUUCCCCAUCCCAGCAUCCCGACCAUCUCCAAGCCCGACUACACCCCGAUUAAGGACUUUACCAACAAGGUCUAUGCCAACAGCCGCAAUUCGCUACGAACCGCAACGAACAUCGUCAAAGCCACCUGGCGGCGAUCGCGCGUGCACGUGCCCCGUCCCGCGUCGCAGAACAUGCAAGACCCCAACGGGGCCCUGCGUGAUGGCUUCCGGCAGAUCCACCAGUCGUACUUGGAGCUGCCCCGGCCCAACGACAAGAUCCACCCGGCCUUACGCGGACUCCAUUCCUCCACCGAGACGUUAGUCGGUCCGGACAUGGGCCGACUCAAGGAAGUAUCCGUCUCCAACACGCCCCCCAAGGUCGACACGGGCAGGAUCCCCGAGGCCAAGGUUGCGACGUUGGAUACGGUUUCCCGAGGGACAUCAACCAGCGACAGCACGCCGACGGUCUCUCGCAGCCCGACCAUUGAGAUUCCGACCAUCGAACUACCUACCUCACCGGGUUCACCCCCGAUCUCCCUCGCUCGUGUCUACCGCGUCGAUAUAGCAUUCCGGCCGGUGAGCCCGGAACACAUCGAGCUCAAGGAAGGCCAAACGGCCAUUCUGCACCUAGUCUACGAAGACGGAUGGGCACUCGUCACUCUGCUUGAAACCAACAAAGAAGGCCUCGUCCCACGAGCGUGCUUCUCCGCACAGCCCGUGCGCAACCAAGCCCAAUACCUGGGCAACAACAUCAACAUCUCCACCGAGUGCAUUCCGCGGUGCGCCACGCCCGCGACACCAUCCGAAUCCGGCACGGACGGCGACCUGGGCCGGUUCUACUCGCAAUGCGCGACUCCCGACCUCGGGCCCAUCGACCCCGAGAUCCCGCAAAGUGUGCGGUUGAAAUCGCUGCCCUCCCUGGCCAGCCUCUUCAAAUCGGCGCCCAGCUUCAAGAGUGUGGUCUGAUUGCAUUAGUUCUCUUCUUGUGAAUAUUGCCUUGUGCAGGUCGGGUGUAUAUAGUCUUAUGUAAUGUUUAUGGGCCAGAUACCUGCUAGGAUACUACUACUUUUACUAUUCUGAUGGCUUUCUUUUGUCUACAAUAUACUGGAUU